CCAUUUCAUUUUUAAUUCUUUGGCUGUUUGCAGCAGAGAGAGGAAAAACUGAUCACACACGAAUCACCCACAACAUUUCAAACCUUACAAACCUCAGCGCGAAAAUCUUCCAGCUCGCCUCUCCUACAGUUUCCCUCGGCGUUCACACCAGAAGUCACGACGAAAAAGUCCCAAUCUCCCGCACCGCCGAUGACCCGAAAUAACUUAUCGCGAAGAAUGACAACCCUCGGAGUUGCUACACUUGCAUAUGCUGCUCUAGUAGCGCCUAUGAGUACCUCGGCAUUUAUGAAUCCUACCUGCACAGCAAAGAAACUUUCCGGCCCCACUGCCACAACUCUCUAUUACAUGCCACUGGAUCAGGUAUCGGACUUUUAUCAAAAUUUUCCCCUCCAAUCUGCCGUACUCACGUGCGGAGUCAAAGCAUCCGUGGCCGAUACCAUCGCGCAGGUCAAACCCCAACUCGAAGAGCAGAAAAACGAGCGACAGCAGCAGCAUGAGGCGUCCCUCUCAACCUUUUCACAGAGGGAAGGAGGAAUUACACAAAGAGCUCCUCGGCAUGCAUCUGACGAUAGUUUGGAGGAGCAAUCGCGGCAUCGAUUUGAUUUCGCAAAGUCGGUUUCCUCGGGCAACAAACAGUGUAUCGGCUGGGAAGCUACUCGGAAUCUGGCCUAUGUCCUGUACGGGGGAAUAUUUGUGGGACUCAUGUCCCACAUCGAAUACAACAUGAUAUUUCCGGCCAUAUUCGGGCAGGAAAAGACGUUUGAAAUUAUUGUGAAAGAGGUUUGUUUCGACAAUCUCAUCGUGGCGCCCACCAUGUGGCUCCCGCCGGCCUAUUUCAUCAAGGCGUGUGUCUACAGUGCGUCCUCCGACGAGGACUCCGGUCCGGGCGGAAUCUUCCGGGAAGGCCUAGAAAAGUACCUCGCGGACGUCAGGGACAACCAGCUCUUACAGAAGUACUGGUCCAUAUGGUUCCCCGCGCAUAGCAUUUCCUUUUCGGUGGUCCCGGACCACCUGCGGGUGGCAUUCAUGGCUUCGAUUAGUUUCUUUUGGUUCAUUUUGUUCUCAAGCGUAUCGAGCCAGGGGGAUGCCGGAGCUGGCGAAAAAACAACCAGGGUACAGUAAUUGGUGUGCCUGCCAACAAUUUUCAUCUAUGUGCCUACAAAGAGUCAAUAUAAAGAAUAGAAAAAUAAAACAUAGAGCUAGAU